AUGGCCCCAACCAAUACCGCCGCCUGGAUCAAGUCCGAAAAGGCCUACCCUCUGGAAAUCGACAGCGCUCCAUACACCCAUCCCGGCGAGAACGAACUCGUAAUCAAGAAUCACAGCAUCGGGCUCAACCUCGUCGACUAUGCUCGUCAAGACCUUGGCUCCGCCCUCUUCGCCUGGACACCCUAUCCCGCUAUAAUGGGCAGCGACGUCGCCGGCGAAGUAGUGGAAGUCGGACCAGGCCCUAUUUCCUCCCGAUUCAAGCCCGGAGACCGUGUCCUCGGUUUAACAGGCGAACUGAAAAGCACGCGUUCCUCCAAAGGUGCCUUCCAGAACUACGUUGUGCUCCACGCACACAUGACCUCCCCCAUCCCGUCCGAUCUAUCCUACGCUGAUGCGGCCGGAAUCCCCCUCGGAAUAUCAACCGCUGCAUGUGGCCUCUUCCAGAAAGACUACCUCGCGCUGCAGCAUCCCACUGCUCCUCGAGCCCCAUCAACAGGACAAACAGUCCUCAUCUGGAGCGGAUCAUCCAGCGUCGGCAGCAACGCUAUCCAGCUUGCCGUGGCGGCGGGGUAUGAAGUGAUUACGACGGCUUCGCCGCGGAACUACGAAUUUGUCAAGUCUCUUGGUGCGAGCUAUGUCUUCGACUAUAAGUCUGAGACGGUAGUCGAGGAUAUCAUUGUUGCGUUUAUGGGGAAGUCUAGUGCUGGUGCAUUGGCUAUUGGGCCGGAGUCACCAGAAAAGUGUGGUCAGAUUGUGGCGAGGGUUGAAGGGAGGAAAUUUGUUGCGUUGGUGAGUCCGCCGUCUGGACCUCUGGCAGAUGGGGUCGAGUCGAAGUUCGUCUUUGGUGGUGAUUUGGCUGAGAAUGAGGUUGGGCCUGCUAUCUUUAUGGAUUUCCUGCCGGCCGCGUUGAAGGAGGGGAGCUUUGUUAGUGCGCCCAAGGUGGAGGUGGUGGGUGAAGGAUUAGAGUCGGUGCAGGGGGCGUUGGAUGUGUUGAAGAAGGGAGUUUCGGCGAAGAAAUUGGUUGUUUCGCUGUAGGUGGGUUGGUGGUGAUGAUUAUGGG